AUGGCGCGGACGCGGAAGCAAGAGGCGGCUAUCGAGGAGUGGAGUUGUCCGCUCUGCACGCUGCUCAACGCGGCAGCGGAGGACCGCUGUGCAGCUUGUGAUAAUGCGCGGCCUCCUGUGCAUCAGCUAAGAAAUUCUCAGUCCACAGAACCAUCUACAGCAUCUGCUACAGCCUCCGAAGUGCAGUUUGUGUAUCGUCCAAGUGCAGGUGUAUUCUUCAGCUCAUUGCCAAGAAACCAGAGCGAUCCAGGUGCUACUAGUGCAUGGAGACAAGAACCAAGACUCAAAGUAAAUAGACGACGCGGAAAUCGGCGCCAGAACGUCGUUAUAGAAGCAGAGAGGAAGCCGCAAAGGGAACAGGUUGAUACAGGCAGAAUAGAGCAGAAUGCUGGCUCUACAGCGACACAGAGGAUCGGAGACCAAGACUCACAGGCUGAAACCACAGUCAAGCGUCCUAAUGAUGCUGUGGAGCCAGCAACGAUGUUGGAAGAAGAGGAAGAAAGGCAGGAAGAGGCAGAAGAAGAAGAUAUAGCAAUGGAGGAGCCCUGUUUUAACCUGCUGGGAUCCGGAACUUCAGUAUUUACAACUCCAGUAGCUGAAAAUGUAGUGGAGGACCCAUGUGCAACAGACAAGACGAAGAGUCGAGAUGGAAGCGUUGACAUGGUCGAAGAUGUGGAGAUAUCGUCCCCACCUCGUUAUCCAGGAUUCAUACCUGCGAGCAAAGUUCGUAUUGAAGAGUCUAAAAUUGAGGACAAACUGGCAAGCGCUGGACUAGAUUUGAGUGAUUCAGAGAACGAAGAUGACAACCCGAAGCUGCUAGGAAGACAGGAUGAAACGGAUAAUGCGUGGGAAGAUAAGUGGGUGUGCCAGAUUUGCACAAACCUGAAUGCCCAGACUGCUAUGGAAUGCGCAAGCUGCAGCUGCAAACGCUAUAGAGACCCCCCUCGUACACCAGAGUCAGCAGGGGCAUCGAAUUUGAGGUGGGCGUGUCAUAUUUGCACGAACUUGAACCCACCUGAUACUGCCGACUGCCUGAUGUGCCUAAGCACAAGAAAAAUGGAUGCUGUUGGCUCGAACGACAGAUGGAAAUGCUCGCUAUGCGCAACAUUCAACGCUCCGGGUACCACGCGGUGUGAACUUUGUGACCGUUCUCGAGAUGAUGAACCGAAGAAGGCCGCUGCAAAAGGCCCACAAUGUCCAGUGUGUACAAACAUCAACGCACCUGGACGCACGCGAUGUGAACUGUGCGAUUCGGCAUUACCUACCGACAAGGAGAUUCCAGAGGACCAAUUCGUCGAUUUAUCCUCUAGCCCAUUGGAGCGCAAGCCCAGCUACACAAUUGACGAUGAUCUCGAGAACCCGUACGCGGAUCUGUCCCAGUAUGACGCGUACGAUGCUCCAAAUGAAGUUGCCGGUGCCGAUCUUGACUAUGUGGAAGAUAUCUCUGACAAUGAGGCCACGAUGUCGUUGACCAAUCCACGCCCACUGACAGUUCGAUCGGAGUUUAAGGAAUUCGAGCAUUUCGUUUGCAUGGAAGACUUACGACGAGACUAUGGAUGUCGUAUCAACUACAAGAAGAUGUUCGCUGGCCAGAGAUCAAGGAAAUCAUACGCAGAUCGCCUCGCUACUAGACAAGCCGAGUCCCGGAAGCGCAAGCGAAAUGCUGCUCGCAAGGAGGCAGGAGAGGCACCAAAAUCUUAUAGACGAGGUGGCAAGGCCGGUAAGAGUGGCAAGAAAAGGAAAGCCACUGGUUCACCACGACGAGCUUCUGCAGGUGGCACAAAGUAUCCACGAGGCAAGAGAGCGAGGAAGACUGGAGCUUCAGCUCGUAGGGCUAGCUCAGCGACGACAUCCUCUCCAGGCAUCAACCACUACGACGAUUCUGCGGCAGAUUUUGGCGAGAACCUCAAUACUAUGGCAUGGGAGGGCAGUCGCUGGAAAAUCUUCCUGGCAAGAGUCGAGUGGGGUGACGGUUCAACAGGAAACAUCGACUUGUGGUGCCUUACAGCUCACUUCGACAGAAUUAAAGCAACUAUGACAACACUGGAGGAAGCCAAGGCCUUUUUGAAGAAGGAGUCACCCGAUGGGACGAAUCUCUACGACCACUUGGGCGACGUGUUGCUUAAAAUUAUCGUCGAGCGGCCGGAAAACCUUCACGAGACUUUCGAAAACAUCUCGACGUUGGUCAAGCAACAGCGCUACUUAGCCCCUCAACAACCGCCGACUGCCGAUGGAGACGCCCAACUAUCAAGUAUCAAGAAACAAGCGCAAGCACACCAAGAAAACUGGUGUAACGUGGCGUUGGAGCUUCUCAAGCUCAAGUCAGAAGACGAAGCGCCAUCCGAGCCUGCUACGGGUGUAGCGGACUUAUUGGAUGAAGCGAACAUGUUCGAGUGGGCUGGCCUGGGUUUCUCCAAGGGAGAGACCUUCCGACUAUCCCUGGCACUGCAGCGACUAGCACAGACUAACGGCACUGUGAAUAUGCGCUUCUGGGGGAAGAUUCUGGGUCGUGGAGCAGACUACUACAUCGCUGAAGGAGAGCUGUCUACUGCAUAUGAACCCGAAGAUUUAGACGCCGAGGAAGGCGCCACUGGAGCCAACAAGCUCACGUACUGGGCGAUGAAAGACAACGGCAUGUACCAGUGGGUCCAAUUGCCUCCAGUUCGACGUGAUCAGAUCUUGGCAGCUCGACAACUUCGUCGUUACGUUCGAGGAGACUUGGAGGCGCCAGUUCUAGGACAUCCACCGUUCCCUGGCGUGGAGAAAAAUUACUUACGAGCUCAGAUCGCUCGUAUCUCAGCUGGAACGGUGUUGUGUCCUGCUGGAAAUUAA